GAGCUCAGCAGUUGGCUGGCGAAGCUCGUCGAUGCUAUAUAUUGCUGUGUGCCGGCUGAUUAAAUUAACUUUAAGCCCGUGCUAAUCCCUCUCUCAGUGUCCAGACAAUUCAGUCACUCACCAGCAAUUCACUGAACUGGUUCGAAUGUCUAUUAUAAAAGUAAAUGUGUAACGGAAAAAAGGGGUGGAUAUUCCUCUUGACCAGACAUUGAAUUCUUUUGGAACUUUCUUAUUGUGUCUACACUCAGAGGAAAAAAAACUGUUUUCCGCUAUUAAGUAUGAAAUGGAAAAAGAAAACUUUUGUGAGGAAAUAGUGAAAAAGUAGUGCUAAAAAAGAGUUAUAUUUUCUAUGACGUAGUUUAGAGAAAAUUCCCGCCAAUUUUUUUUUUUGUAUCUUAAAUCUUCUGUGUUAAGAGAACCAUCAAUAAGAGAAAUCGAACAGAAAAGUUCCCCGAAGGAACAAAAAAAUGUGCAAAAACUACAAUGUGUUGUUAAAUUGCGCCAGAAGUGAAAAUGGGUGUAAAAUUUCGAUAAAAACGACACUGUACAACAAAUUAAUUUGAUAAAAAUUUGUGAUGGUAAAAAAUUGUUGACAAAAAAAAUCAGUGAAAUAGACAACUUUAUUAUCACGAUCAUUUCAAUCAUCUCUCUCAUAUAAAUAAACCGUGUGAUUGCGAAAAGUUUUCAUUUUGGAGUUUUCAGAUGAGACAUACUCAUCUAGACGAAAUCAAUUGUGCAAAUAUUUUUUUUUACCUCAUCUUAAGAGCAAUUUAUUGGAAAGCAACAUUUGAUAGAAAAGUUGCUACAAGUGAUAAGAAUUCAACAUAACAACUUUAACUUUGAGACAGAGUGAUAAAUUCUCGUGAGUGUGCAAAGAGGCUCUUAAGGCAAAAUUGAAAUAGAGAAAAAAGGAGAAAAUAGGAACGGAGCCUUGAAAAUUAAUUAUAGAAAACAAUUAACAAGCCAUUGAAAAGUGCAAUUGAUAUAAAUAUAGUGAGUUUGUCUGUGUGUCUGGUUUCUUUAAGGAGAAAACUAUAAAUAAGAACAAACUUUAAUUGUGAAAUGAAUCGCUUCGUUGGGAGUCUCCUGAUAUGGGGAGCAGCAACAUUUGUGAUAAAUAGUCAUGUAGAAGGAUUUCUAGUCACUAGACAAGUGGAAGAUUGGGAUGAAUCCUGUGAUAGUCAAAUUUACUGCUAUGGCCCUCUCCUGGACACAGUUCAGAUGGCCCAUCUCUUCAAUGACUCAAAGACUUUUGUUGAUAUGAAACUGAAACAGACACCAGAAGUCACAAUGCAGCUCUUUGAGGAAUUUAUGGCACUGUAUGAUCAGAAACCAAGCCGUGGACAAAUUCUUGGCUUUGUUGUGGACAACUUCGAAAAGGAAGGAUCGGAAUUUGAGCCAUGGACACCCACCGAUUGGCACCAGAAUCCCAAAUUUCUCGAUAAUGUACAAGAUCCCAAGUUGAGAGAAUUUGGCCGAGAACUCCAUGGGCUGUGGCUGAAAUUGGGCAGGAAGAUGAAGAAGGAAGUUGAGGAACAGCCUGAAUUGUAUUCUAUUAUCCAUGUACCUAAUCCAGUGAUAGUACCAGGAGGACGAUUCAGAGAAUUCUACUACUGGGAUUCAUACUGGAUCAUCAAAGGGCUUCUCUAUUCGGAAAUGUACUCUACUGCAAAGGGAAUGCUGCAGAAUUUCCUUCACAUUAUCUCUAGAUUUGGCUUUAUUCCCAAUGGUGGUAGAGUUUACUAUUCCAAGAGAUCACAACCACCACUUCUAGCUGCCAUGAUCAAAGCCUAUGUAGAAGUGACUGGAGAUGAAGACUUUGCAGUUCAGGCGGUGCCAUUGUUGGAGCAUGAAUUCAACUUUUGGUUCAAUAAUCACACAGUUCAGUGCAACGGUCAUACAUUAUGCAUCUAUGGUGAUAAAUCUAAAGGACCACGACCUGAAUCCUACCGUGAAGAUGUGGAAACAUCUCAGGAUUUCCCCACAGAAGCCGCUAAGCAGGAGCACUACUCUGAACUGAAAGCAGGCGCUGAGAGCGGAAUGGAUUUCUCAAGUCGUUGGUUCAUCAAUGAUGAUGGAACAAAUACCGGUGAUCUUCGGAAUCUCAAGACACGCUCAAUUAUCCCAGUGGAACUAAAUGCUAUUCUGUUCUGGAAUGCCAAAAUCAUUGCGGAAUUCUAUGUGAUGGCCAAGAAUCUCACCAAAGCUAUGGUAUUUGAACAACGUGCCCAGCAGAUUGCCGAAGGAAUUCAUGCAUGCCUAUGGCAUGAAGAUGUAGGUGCAUGGUUGGACUAUGAUAUGAUCAAUGCCCGCCGUCGGAACUACUUUGUGCCCACAAAUCUUGCACCACUGUGGAUGAAGUGCUACAAUGAGGCUCUCGAGGCCAACAUCACGGAAAAGGUGCUGAAGUACAUCGAUGCCAUGGAGAUUGAUUCGUUCCCUGGCGGGGUGCCGAAUACCCUCCAGCGUACCGGUGAACAGUGGGACUAUCCCAAUGUUUGGGCCCCCAUGCAGUACAUGUUGAUUGCUGGCCUGGACAAUCUCAAUGAUCAGAGGGCGAAGGAUUUGGCACGCAGUUGGGCCACAAGGUGGGUUCACUCCAACUUCAUCGCCUUCAACGAAACACACUCCAUGUUUGAAAAGUAUGAUGCUGAAGAAUUGGGUGGUCAUGGCAGUGGUGGUGAAUAUGAAGUACAAUUAGGCUUUGGCUGGUCCAAUGGAGUUAUCGUAGAACUCCUCGACAAAUACGGAAAUAUUCUCUCAGCGCCAGGUUCUUCAUCUGAUGGAUUGAAGCCAUUUAGUGCCUUUGUUAUUGCCGCUGUAGCAGUCUUUGGCACGAUGUUAUCGAGAAUUUUUGGGUGAGGUGAAAUUUCACCAUAAUUUAACAUGACUGAGUGUUUGGUGCAUAAAUGCAUGCAUUUAUGUUGGAGCUUUCCUCGACGGAUACACUAAAAACAAAAUCCUCAAAUGUUCUUAUCCUGCAAAAAAUAUUUAGAGAAGAAAUUUGGGGAUAAACAGGGAAUAUUUUAGAAACAAUCACUCAACUUUAGACACAACAAAAAAGGGGAAUAACUGUUAAUAAUCAUAUCAGAAUGUAGAAAGAAUUUAACAAUAAGCAUUUUUAUUUGUUGUUUUAUCCAUUUUCAAAAUUGAGCCAAACAUAUCUUCCAAACUUUAUGUGUUUUAGCAUUAUUCCUACCCAGAAUGUUUGUGUAAAAAAGUAUAAUGUAAUUUUUUUUUUGUUAACAUAAGUCUCUCCCCUUUGUUUCUCUAUUCGUCAGCUUUAAUACAAAUUUAACUUGUUGAUUAUAAAUAUAUAUUUUUCGCUAUAUAAAUUGAUAAUAAUUUAAGGCAGAAUAGUAAAAUAUCUAAUAACAAUUUAUUUCUUUAUAAAUUUGAGAAAGAGGACGAUAGAAAAAACCCACAUUUUCAAUGACAAUCAAAAAAAAAAGAUAAUGAGAGUUUAGGAAAUUUAUUUUGUUAGUUAAUAAAUAAAUAGAAUAGGUUGAAUUAAAUGAAUUUUUAUCCCUCCCAGUAUUAGUUGUUAAAGGAGAAAAAUUGUAUAUAAUAAACAAGAUUGUGUACAUAGACAAUAAAAUAAAAUUACAUAUAGCAAA